ACUUCAGCUUUUUGUGUAGCAGAAAGAUCACCAAGCUCAGAUCAUUUUUCAAAGACGUAUCGAAGCUGCGAUAUGAAACUUCAAUGCGUAAGGAAAAUUCUUUGUUACAUUUUCAAAAAAUUAGGAAUAUUGGUUGGACGGCAUCCAUAUUUCUUUAUCAUUUUACCUAUACUUUUGUCUGUUAUUUUAUCUAUAUUUAUUGGAGAAUUAACACCCAGUAACAACUUUAAGGAUAUAUCAAUUCCAGAUAGAGGAGAACUAUUUCAAACUAAAAAAUUUAUAGAAAAAACCUUUUCGUAUAAUUCAUCUGAAUUUUCUGAUCAGAUAAGAGUUCCUGAAAUACCCAAUUGUCUGUUUAUACACGUGUUGAAGAAAGAUGAAGGAAACAUGUUUGAGAAAGGUAUUCUUUCAGAAGUAAAAUUGAUUGAUGAAAUCGUACGAAAUAUAACGUUAGAAACUGAUGGAAAGUUAACAGAAUAUAACGAUAUUUGCGCUCUUAUGCACGAAACAUGCUUUGAAAAUCCUAUUAUUGAGGUGAUAUCUGAAGUGGGAAUAGAUUCUAUAAUACAAAAGAGAAAGAAGCUGAAGUAUCCAAUGGAUAUAGAUUUCAUGUCUUUCACUUAUAAAGCCUAUUUUUUAAAUUUAGGAGGCGUUUCUGAAGACAAUUAUAACAUUGUAGAUAAGGUAAACGCAAUUACGCUAAUAUAUGUAACUGAUGAGAAAAAUAAAGUUAAAAAGAAAUUGUUUGAAAAAUGGUCCACUCAUGUUUAUGAUAUGAUUCAAAAAUAUCAUUUUAUAGACAUCACAGUUGUUCCAAAUUCUCCAUUAGCUAUAGAAGAAGGAUUUCACAAAGAAUUUCGAAGAACAAAACCUAAAAUAGGAGGUUUGGUUGCAUUUAUGAUUGUGUUUUCAAUAUUCCUUAAUAUGAGCAAUAAAUGGGUGAGAUGUAAACCUUUUCUUGGGGUAGCAAGUGUAAUCAACGCUGGUUUAGCUAUUGUAUCGUCUUUUGGAUUAAUGGCAGUGUCAAAUGUAGAAACUACUUAUUGGAAUGUUACAAUUCCAUUUUUAAUUCUCGUGACCGAGAUAGAUGAUGCCUUCGUAUUAAUAGCAAAUUGGAGGAUGACUAAUCCCAAACACACAGUUGAGGAACGCAUGGAAGUAACAUAUUCUGAAGCAGGAGUUUCUAUUACUUUAACUUCACUUACUAACUUCAUUUCGUACUGCAUCGGGAUGAUAUCCCCUUUUCCUUUCAUUCGAAUAUUCAGUUAUUAUACUGCUACUUGCAUAAUUUUCAAUUAUGUAUAUCAGAUAACGUUUUUCGGAGGAUGUUUGGCGUUGAGUGGAUACAGAGAAGAAAAGAAUCUUCGUUCCGGAAAAUUUGUUAGAUGUGAACAAAGCGAAGAAUAUCCUGAAAACAAUUAUAAUAGUACAGAAGAAGAAUUUACUAUGGCAUUUUUUAGAGAUUCAUUAGGAAAAAUACUUUCGAAUCAAUACGUGAAGAUGAUCACAAUCCUAAUCUACGUCAUUAAUUUAUUAGGUGGAGUUUGGGGCAUAUUUUACAUUCAGCAUGGCAUCAAGUAUGAAAACUUAUUUUCUAAAGAUUCUUUGCUUACAGAGAGCUACAGAAUUAGUUUCAAGUUCUUCACGCGUUACGCAUAUCCUUUUCACAUAAUUCUUAAUGAAACAUUGGAUUAUUCAGAUAUAAAGGUACAAAAAUCAAUAGAAACUCUGUUAAGUAAAUUCGAGAAACAUCCAAAUAUUGCUGGGGAAGAAUUUACUGUAUCUUGGUUGAAAUUCUACAAAGAAUUUCAGAAAAGUCCCGUAGCAAAAUUUUCAUUACGUGGUUACAAUAUGUCAAAUAAGCAGGAUUUUAUCGAUGGACUUCGCAAUGUAUUUUUUAACAUCAGGGCUGCCCAGUCACUGUCUAAUGACGUCGUUUUUAAUAGUAACAAAACUGACAUCUUAUACAGUAGAUUUUUUAUCAUGGGAAAGGAUUUAAAUUCUUCAUACUCAGAAAGUGAUGCAUUGAGAGAUUUGUUAAAAAUCGCCGAAGAAUCAGAAAUUCGUGUACUGGUGCAUUGUGUUAAAUCAGGUUUAAUUGAACAAGGAAUCAUCAUUGGACAAUUGAUUUACCAAUUAUUUUGGAUUACUGCUAUACUGAUAACAGCAAUCUUCCUGUUGUUCAUUUCAAAUUUAUUAGUCGCAAUUACUGUUGCAAUAUCUGUGGUAUCUGCAAUGAUAGAAACCUUAGGUUACAUGUCCUUAUGGGGAGUCAAUUUGGAUAUAAUGUCGAUGCUAAGUCUCAUAUUAUGUGUAGGAUUCAGCGUGAAUUAUCCUGCUCAUAUUUCGUAUGCAUACGUCAUGUCACAGUACAAGACACCAAACGAGAAAUUACAAGAUUCUCUGUAUCGUGUAGGCUUUCCAAUACUUCAAGGAUCUUUGACCACGGGAAUAGGAAUAUUGAUUUUAUAUUCUGAUGUAUAUUUUCUUUCAACAUUUGCAAAAAUUGUAAUUCUUGUUUCUAUACAAACGGCUUUCCAUGCGUUAUUCUUUAUUCCAAUUGUUCUUUCAUUCAUUUAUGCUAUAUUUGAAAAGAUACAAAAGAUAAAAGAUUACUUGUUAAGUUCGACAUUGUCAUUUCAGUGGUAUUGA